CUCCUGUUUGCUGGCAGGAAAUGUUAUGACUUGCUUGCUUAGGAUUACAAUUGGAGCAGGAAUGCUGGGCUUCCAGAUUUAACUUUCUGGGCGUGGGAGAAAGUUCCACACUGUGCCCGGGGUAGGCAAAGGAAUAAGACAGCUUUCCUCCAAAAUCUGAACCGGACGAGGUCCUGAAACACGUUGGCACUGAUUCCCCCUCCCGUUCGUCACCCGCUCUGCUUCUCUGUGUUCCUGGCUCACAGACGGAAGCCCCCCGUUACAAACCAUACAGGUAGACGUUUUAAUGCAUAAAAAUGACCAACAUUACACAGAUAUCCAAAGACGAGCUAGAGGAACUGAGAGAGGCCUUCGCCAAAGUCGAUCUGAACAGUAAUGGGUUUAUCUGCGAUUAUGAGUUGCAUGAACUUUUCAAGGAAGCCAACCUUCCCCUUCCUGGAUACAAAGUGCGGGAAAUCAUCCAGAAGCUCAUGAUUGAUGGGGACAAGAAUAAAGAUGGGAAGAUCAGCUUUGAAGAAUUUGUUUACAUCUUUCAAGAGGUGAAAAGCAGCGACAUCGCCAAGACGUUCAGAAAAGCCAUCAACAGAAAAGAAGGGAUUUGCGCCAUCGGGGGGACGUCGGAGCUCUCCAGCGAGGGCACCCAGCAUUCCUAUUCAGAGGAAGAAAAAUACGCUUUUGUGAACUGGAUAAACAAAGCUUUGGAAAACGACCCAGAUUGUAGGCAUGUUAUUCCAAUGAACCCGAACACCGAUGAUCUCUUCAAAGCUGUUGGGGAUGGGAUCGUGUUGUGUAAAAUGAUCAACCUCUCUGUUCCUGACACAAUUGAUGAAAGAGUAAUCAACAAGAAGAAGUUAACGCCAUUCAUCAUUCAGGAAAACUUGAACCUGGCGCUGAACUCGGCUUCCGCCAUCGGCUGCCACGUGGUCAACAUCGGCGCGGAGGAUUUGAGGGAAGGAAAGCCGCAUCUGGUCCUCGGCUUGCUCUGGCAGAUCAUCAAGAUUGGCUUGUUUGCAGACAUAGAGCUGAGCCGGAAUGAAGCUUUGGCUGCUUUGCUUCGAGACGGAGAGACCUUAGAGGACCUCAUGAAGCUCUCCCCAGAGGAGCUGCUCCUGCGGUGGGCAAACUUCCACUUGGAGAACGCCGGGUGGCACAAGAUCAACAACUUCAGCUCGGAGAUCAAGGACUCCAGAGCGUACUUCCAUCUCCUCAACCAAAUUGCACCCAAAGGGCAGAAGGAAGGAGAGCCACAGAUUGACGUCAACAUGUCUGGCUUCAAUGAGAAAGAUGACUUGAAGAGAGCAGAAGCGAUGCUUCAGCAGGCAGACAGGCUGGGGUGCCGGCAGUUUGUGACCCCGGCCGAUGUCGUGAGCGGCAACCCCAAGCUGAACUUGGCCUUCGUGGCUAACCUGUUCAACAAGUACCCGGCCCUCACCAAGCCUGAAAACCAGGACAUUGACUGGACGCUUCUGGAAGGUGAGACCCGGGAAGAAAGAACCUUCCGCAACUGGAUGAACUCUUUGGGGGUGAACCCCCACGUGAACCAUAUCUACGCUGACCUGCAGGAUGCGUUGGUGAUCUUACAGCUCUAUGAAAAAAUCAAAGUCCCCGUGGACUGGAAUAAAGUCAACCGGCCACCCUAUCCGAAACUUGGAGCAAAUAUGAAGAAGCUGGAAAACUGUAACUAUGCUGUUGAACUAGGAAAGCACCCGGCAAAGUUCUCUCUGGUCGGCAUCGGUGGGCAAGACCUCAACGACGGGAACCCCACCCUCACGCUGGCUUUGGUGUGGCAAUUGAUGAGGAGAUACACUCUGAAUGUCCUGGAAGAUCUUGGGGAUGGACAGAAAGCCAAUGAUGAUAUCAUUGUGAACUGGGUGAACCAGACGUUGCAAGCAGCUGGGAAAUCAAGCUCCAUCCAUAGUUUUAAGGACAAGAGUAUUAGCAGCAGCUUGGCGGUGGUGGAUUUAAUUGACGCCAUCCAACCUGGUUGCAUCAAUUAUGACCUGGUGAGAACUGGAGACCUGUCAGAGGAAGACAAACACAGUAACGCCAAGUAUGCCGUGUCGAUGGCGAGAAGGAUCGGAGCCCGCGUGUACGCUCUGCCCGAGGACCUCGUGGAGGUGAAGCCCAAAAUGGUGAUGACCGUCUUCGCCUGCUUGAUGGGCCGAGGAAUGAAGAGAGUUUAAGAGAGCCUCGCCUCCCUGAACCCAAGCCUCCCCGAAACCUCCCCCUUGUCUGCCCUGCCCAGUCCAGCUGUUCCCAGACCAAAAUGCUGUCGGCUUCAAGGACUCGUGAUACGUGGCUUUGUUUGUGUUUUCUGGAAGGACUCUUCCCUUUUUGCUCUGCCAGGUGGGAAUGCCAGGAGGAUUUUCCGAGUGGAGGGGGAAAGCAUAAAAAAAAAUAAGCAAACAGACAUCUCUUCUUUUCCAGGGAUAUAAAAGGGUUUUUUUCCUUUCUUCUUAAGUGCCCAUAGAAACCACAUGUGUAUCUUCCUAAAUCAGGCUGCUGCUGGCACAGCAAUAAGUGUGUGUGUGUGUCGUUCCCCCCCCCACCUCCCGGGCCCCCUCUUCAUUCGCUUAGUUCUAAGGUGGGCUGCCGGCAUCAGUCUCUAUUGCGAUACCUCCCACUCUGCUGUCUUAAAAAAAACAAGGAGGAAGAGAGAAAGAAAGAAGAGGAAGACGGUUCGUUUUUAUUUGUUUCUAGUGGUCCAAAAGCGUGAUGGGGAUUGAGUUUUCACUGCUCUUGUUGCCUUAAUGAAAAACGGGAAGUCUGAGCUGCGUGGGUGCCGUACGCGAAAGGGCGGAAAGAGAGAUAAAGCAUCGCCCCUGGCUCACUUACAGAAGUUCUGUUUUGCAGUCAGCACAAAUUAUGUGCAGAACGGCGUAAUUUCUAUGGUUUUAUUGAAACUUUUAGCAAGUUUUAAGGAAAUUCUUUUCAGCAGGAAAUGGUUAUCUGCCAUCUCUUUGGCUUCUGAGAUUUUUAGGUGGUGCUUGUGGCCCCCCAUGCUUUCGAGCCUGUUUUUGCCUCCAUGAGGGCUUGAAACUUGGGCUUUGUUUUUACGUAAUAGCUUUGCAACCUAAGAAAACUGUGUUAUGUGCCCUUUUACCACUUUCUGUGGAACGGCGCCUUACGCACAGCUCUGCCCCCCCGGUUCAGGGGUGCAAAGAGGUUAAAAGGAAGGCCGUGGUACCCCCAAAGUUCAGUCUUCCAGCAGUAUUCUCAAACCUUGGUGCUGCUCUUUUUAUUUCCUGUACAGCGCAACAAUAUUUUUUAUUACAGAGGCGAGUGUGGUAAGUUUUAUUUUUUUGCUAAUUUUCUUUUUAUAUAUGGGGAAAAAAUAUUUUUAUGAGAAGUACCAUCUUCAGAGGCCUGUCGCCUUACCCAUAGCAUAACUGAACCCAGAGAAUGAAAUGAAUACAUUUUUAUAUGUUAUCUUGGCUCUGUUUAUGUUUUGCCUGGAUUUUUUUUUUCAUGUGCGUGUUUCAUUUUCCCCCCCUCCAGAACCUGCAUGAAAAAAAAAAACACCUCCUUUUUCAUUUUUGUUUUAAUUUAAGAUGCCAUUAGAUGUUUGUUAGUAGAACGGUGCAAGAGAGAGCUUUAUGGAUUAGGACCAGGUCGAUUCCUCAAAAAAGUAGGGAGUAAGUCGUAACGUGAAGGGUGGAAUGUGCCGAGAUUUAAGAAACUUAUUUUUUUUACAAAUUUUAAAACAAAACAAAGGAAAACAUGGUCACCAAAGAGGAGGCAUUUUAUCCAUAGGAGCAAAUGUACAACUUUGGCUUUUUGGCAAGCUGUUCGCUAUCCCUUGAGGCCAUAAUGCUGCCCUGAAUUAUUCGAAGCAAUGUAACAGGGUGGCAAAGCAGUAGUGGAAAUAAAGCCAUUUAAAUACAA